AUGGUGGGAUUGACAUCGGCCGCGGGCCUCGUUGGCUUCCUCGCCGAGCCAGACCCCGUCUUGCAGGCUUUUGCUCUCGAAAGACUCAAUGAGGAAAUCGACAGUGUCUGGACGGAGGUCUCCGGCUCCAUCGGCCAAAUAGAAGCGUUGUACGAAGACGAUACCUUUUCGCAUCGCGAACUCGCCGCCCUCGUCCUCUCCAAAGUCUACUACCAACUGCAGGAAUACAAUGAGUCCAUGGUCUUUGCCCUCGGCGCCGGCAAAUACUUCAACCUUGCCAACGCCGGCGAAUACGAGGAGACCAUCGUGGCACGAUGCAUCGACACCUACAUCGCCCUGAGCGUCUUGGACAACCCCGCUGUCCCACUGAUCAGGCAGAAGCGCUCCUCCGAAUUCCUGGACAAGUACACCCAGGACGCCAACGCUCCCGCCACCGCCACCGCCAGCCAGACCUCCCCGAUCUUGCCCUUUUCCCACGACUCCCUACCUUCCAAGUCGCUCUUGGCACAGGGGGAGGAGGAGGGCGAUCCGCGCCAUGCUCGCAUGCUCGACCCCCACGAUGUGGGUGGUGGCCACCCCGGUGGCUCCGGUGCCCAUCCCAACCCCUCCACCCUCUCGGGCGCGGUGAAGAAGAGCUUGCACGCCAUCGUACGCCGCCUGUUCGAGAGCUGCUACGACGUUGCCGCCUACAAGCAAGUGGUCGGCAUCGCAGUGGAGGCGCGCAAUAUGGAUGUCCUGCGAGAAGCCAUCCUCCGCUCCAGCCAAGAUGAAAGGAGCAAGGGCAAGAAGGUGGCGACGGGUCAAACGGACGACUUGAUGGAGUACGUCCUGGACAUCUGCAUGAACGUCGUGCAGGAGCGAGGCCUGCGCAAUCAAAUCCUCCAGCUGAUCCUCAACCUCCUCAAUGACAUCCCGAGCCCCGAUUACUUCUCCAUCGCGCGAUGUGUCGUCUACCUCAACGAGCACGGCAUGGCCUCCAAGAUCUUGAGAGAGCUUGUUCAGAAGGGCGACGGCCGCUCUUUGGCAAUCGCGUAUCAGCUGUCCUUUGAUUUGUACGAGAACGGCACCCAGGAAUUCUUGCAAAAAGUCGUCGAAGAGCUGCCAGAGACCGAAGAGACCGACAAAACCGACUUGCCGACCAUGAAUGGCAACGCCGUUCGACCCAUCGUGCAUCCAAACGAGGCUGCCACUUCCGAGGAAUCCGACCAGCUGCUGCGAGAACUCCAGGAGAGCUCCGGCCCUCCGCAAACUAUUGUGGCAUCAAGAGCGAAGCCCGAGGCCGGCUCUGCGGACGAUGCCAAGGCAUUCGCCUCAGUAAAGAGCAUCCUUCGUGGCACAAAGAGCAUCGAGCUGAACGUCGAGUUCCUCUACCGGAGCAGCCGCACCGACCGAGCCAUUCUGAACAAGAUCCGCGAUUCGCUCGAAGCGCGCAACAGCAUCUUCCAUUCCGCCAUCACCUUUUCCAACGCCUUUAUGAACGCUGGCACGAUGAUCGAUGGGUGGCUAAGAGAUAACCUGGAGUGGCUGCAGAAGGCUGUCAACUGGAGCAAAUUCACCGCCACGGCCGCACUUGGUGUGAUACACAGGGGCAACAUCGGGCAGGGACAGAAACUACUCGAGCCGUAUCUACCAAAGGAGCACCCCACGGCUGGCGCGGGCAGUACGUACAGCCAAGGAGGUUCCUUGUACGCCCUGGGUCUGAUAUAUGCCAACCACGGAACGCAUGUGCUCGACUACCUGCAAAGGCAAUUUGCUGCGACGCAAGAAGAGGUGGUCCAACACGGCGGUGCUCUUGGCCUGGGUGUGGCCGGCAUGGCCACCGGGUCCGAGCAGAUUUACGAAGCGCUCAAGAAUGUGCUGUACCAGGACUCAGCAAUCAAUGGAGAGGCUGUCGGCCUGGCCAUGGGUCUUGUUAUGCUGGGAACAGGCAACUUGAAAGCUGUACAAGACAUGAUCCAGUAUGCACAUGACACACAGCAUGAGAAGAUCGUACGAGGACUGGCCAUGGGCAUGGCGCUCAUCAUGUAUGCCCGACAGGAGAACUCGGAUCAGCUUUCCAACGGCCUGCUCGACGAUCCGGACCCAGCUCUUCGAUACGGAGGCAUCAUGACGAUCGCUUUGGCGUACUGCGGGAGUGGAAGCAACAAGGCUGUGCGCCGACUCCUACAUAUCGCCGUCAGCGAUGUCAGCGAUGAUGUGCGGAGAGUCGCCGUGAUGAGUCUCGGCUUCGUGCUCUUCCGCAAGCCGGGAUCGGUGCCUCGCAUGGUCGAGCUGCUGUCGGAGUCGUAUAAUCCGCAUGUGCGAUAUGGUGCCACUAUGGCCUUGGGCAUCGCCUGCGCCGGCACCGGCCUCGAGGCCGCCGUCGACCUUCUCGAACCAAUGAUGAAGGACACCGUGGACUUUGUCCGGCAAGGCGCCCUCAUCAGCUUGUCCAUGAUUCUCGUUCAACAGAACGAUGCGAUGAACCCCAAGGUUACCUUCAUUCGGAGGGAGCUGCAGAAGAUCAUCGGCGACCGACACGAAGACGCCAUGGCCAAGUUUGGCUGCGCCUUGGCGCUCGGCAUCAUCGAUGCCGGUGGGCGGAACUGCACCAUUAGCCUGCAAACGCAGACGGGCAACCUCAAUAUGGAGGCGAUUGUUGGCAUGGCAGUGUUUACGCAGUAUUGGUACUGGUUCCCACUGACGCAUUUCCUGUCCUUGACAUUCACGCCGACCAGUAUAACCGGCGUGGACCAAGACUUGGAGAUUCCGUCUUUCAAAUUCCACAGCAACACGCGACCUAGCCUGUUCGACUACCCACCUGAGCAGGAAGUCAAGGCCGAGGAAGCGCCGGAGAAGGUCAAGACGGCUGUGCUAUCGACGACGGCGCAAGCAAAGCGCAGAAAGCUGGCCAAAGCUCGGGCAGAGGGGAUGGACGUCGACCCCACGCCCACCACGCCUAAAGCGGAUGGCGCGGAUGCUGAGAUGAAGGAUGAGGACUCAAACGUCGUCGAGACGGGCAAGGAGGAGGAGAAGAAGGACGGCGACAAAGAGAGCAGUAGGAAGAAGGUGGAGAAGGAGAAGGUGGGCUACGACCUGGAGAAUAUGAGCCGCGUCUUGCCGGGUCAGAUCAAGUACAUCUCCUUCCCGCAGGAUGGGCGGUACCAGCCCGUCAAGAAGCCCACCGGUGGUCCCAUCCUUCUCUUCGACACGAAGCCUGGUGAAGAGAAAUCGCUUGUCGAACUCAAGGCGAAGAAGAAGACUUCGCCUCCUGCUCCUCAACCCACCACCGGUAGGACCACGGCAAAUGGCGGGCCCGCUGGCGCCAGCGGACUCGGCGAGGUUCUGGGGACUGGUGGAGCGGCAGCGGCUGUCGGCGUGUUGACCGCGGUAGACGAAGACGAGGAAGGCGGAGAGGAGGCGCCGGUGCCUGAGGAGUUCGAAGUCGAGGAGGACGACGACGACGAAGAGAUGGAGGAGUAA